CAGGACGCGAGCCUGCUCUUCUCCUCCGCCUCCGCACUCCGCCCCGCACUUCCCUUCGCUCUCAUCACGAGCGACCACCACUACAUUCCCGCCCACGCUCUGCAGACCGCCGCCACCCCUGCGAGCGUCGAGAUUGCUAAAUACUACUACCGACAGCACGUCGACGACAUCUCCCAGGAGCUCAAGGACGCUCUCGCUCUCGGACCCGCUGCCGCUGAAGAGUGGUACAAGGGCCUUGAAGCACGAGGCAAGCAGCGCCUCAAGGCAGCCGAGGCCUGGGAGCGCUGGGCCGUCAAGUACAAACACGCAAAGCGUGCGCCCUCGCCACCCGCCGCACCCAAGCCCUCUAGAUCCCCAAAGCGCCACACUGCCUCCCCCGUGCUCCAUGCGCCAGUCCCAGCGAGUAAGUCCUCUUCAAGUGUUUCGAUUGCUGCCAUGCAUGGCGGCCGUGUCAGACGUUUCACAAGUACCCCUCCGCUGCCCAACCUAACAGCUGCAGCGCCGCACCACUACGCACACAGGCCUCCCACCAUCCCGCCAAAUGUCUUCACUCCCCAGCCCGUCCACUCCGGUAGCGCCCAGCCAAACCAGCAGCGGAACCUCCAUGAUGCCAACGAGGCCAAAGCCACCCGGAAAACGGACAUUGAGCGCCGGUGCCAGCAGAUGCACCCUCCCAUUGCUCCAAGCAUAUUGCGCCACAUGGACGCCUUCAAGGCAGCCAUCCAGAUCUCCCAGCCAAUGACUGACUACGCCUGGAGCGUCUUGCAGCCUCGCCUAAUUGCCAACUUGCCUGCUGCCCAACAAGCCGAAGCCGACCACGUGUCUCGCGCAGCCCUGCUUCCGACAAAGCAAACUGACCGCCGUCACCAGGAUGCCAAUUCCAAGGAAGCAAAAGAGGCCAUGGACCGGGAAUGGGAGGAGUCCCAGCGGCCCAUUCGUGACAGACUCAGCGCCAUUGCGGACGACUUCAUCAACCGGGAGUGGGACCAUGGCAAAGCUCUCACCCACGAGAACAGCCCAAAGUUUGCUGCGGACCUCCUCAUGCACGUAAGGCGCGCUUACUAUGAAGGCGUGAAUGCUGCGGAGCCCUCUGAUAGACCCCCGCUGGUGCUGGAGAACAUGAAGUGGCUAUAUGACAACAAGCUCAAGCCGCUAACAGAACAGUACCGCCGCGAGAUCUUCUUCUGCCACGGCAGCGACUGCGAUCAAGCCACCCGGCCUUUUGGGUUUGAGGGUGUUGUCCAGCACUACGGAGCAAAACACACCACUGCAUUCAGCAGCGGCAAUAUCGUCGUUGCCUGGCGGGAGGCCGAGUGGCCUGAGGAGACCCCCGCGCGACUACGUCUCCAUCCAAGACCG